AUGUCAGCCUCAAACAGAACUCCAGUAGUCUACGCACUCGGGUCCAACGGAUCCGGCCAGCUAGGCAUCGGCCAUGACCAAGACGUCUCCAUCCCGCGGCAGGCCAUCUUCAGCCCAGCAGGAUCCGAGCCCACGUCGCCCAUCGUCCAGGUCGCGGCGGGCGGCAACCACACCCUGCUGCUGACCCAGGACGGCCAGCUCUUGUGCGCCGGCGACGCCUCCACGGGGGCCUGCGGGCCCGCCACCAACACUGGCGAGCAGCAGCAGCAGCACGUGGUACACCCUGUCAGGCUUCCCCUGGCCACAGACGACGGGACGGCACCGGCGCCCGUGAGGCUCAUAGCCGCGACAUGGGAGGCCUCGGUGAUCGUGCAGGCAGACGAGCUCGGCAGGAACACGGCGGUGUCGGCGUUCGGGGUCGGGAUGAAGGGCGAGCUGGGGCAGGGCCAGUUCAUCGUGCGGACACCGGCGAUCUCGCGCAUCAAGGACUUCCCGCCCGCGGGUGCCGAGGUCGUGGACCUGGCCGCAUGCAUGGGUCACGUCGUUGCGGUGCUCAGCAAUGGGGCGGUCUACGGGUGGGGCAACGGGCGGAAGGGACAGCUGGGCACUGCUGUGGAUGGCGUUGCGGACGAGCCGCGGCGGGUUGAGGGCGUGAACUUUAAAGUUUCGCGGGCCGUCUGCGGCAGGGAGUUUACGUGCCUGUUCGGUGCACCCGAGAGCGGUGAAAUCCUUGUGCUGGGUGCGGACAAGGCAGGUGUCAGAUCUGCGGCGCCGGCCACGGCCCUGGACUGGAAGGACGUCGGUGCUAGCUGGGGCGGCAUCUAUAUCCUUCAGCAAGAUGGCUCGCUGGUUAGCUGGGGAAAGGAUGACCAUGGCCAAUUGGCGCCGCCGCAAUUGCCGAGAUUGAGUCAGAUCCGCAUCGGUAGUGAGCACGCUGUUGUCAUGACAGAAGGCGGCGACGUGCUGUCUUGGGGCUGGGGCGAGCAUGGCAACUGCGGUCCUAAGACCGAGAACAACGACGUCAAGGGACGGUGGAACACGAUUGCUUCCAAGAAGUACAUCCCAUCCGGGUCUGAAAUAGUGGGUGUCGGCGCAGGCUGCGCGACAAGCUGGAUAAGCAUCACGAUUCCGAGCCAACCUUGA